ACAAUUACUCUUCUAUUUAUACAGUCUUGAUAUCUGAAUUCUACUAAAAUCUUCGUGUUCUUUAUUUUUCUCGUCGAUGUCCAGACACUACUAUAUCUAUCUACAACACGACUGACACACUAAUAGAACAAAAAAUAAUAAUGAAAUAUCUCUCUCUCUCCACGUGCUAACUGCCAUACUACAACAGAAAAGUUCACUACAGACGCACAGUAUUUCGACAAUUGUGCUAUAUGGGCGCAUUUUUGAAAAGCUCAUUUAUAGCUUAUUUUGAAGCCUAGAAAAUUCUCUAUCUUUCUGUAUAUAAAACGUUCCGGGUCUGAGGAGAUGAGUUCAAGAAAUAUUCCUUUAGAGCACUAAGAUAGGUGAACUUGAUGAUAUUUGUCUAGUAUUUCGACAAUUGUGCUGUAUGGGCAUAUUUUUGAAAACCUCGUUUAUAGCUUAUUUUGAAGCCCAGAAAAUUCUGUAUUUUACUAUGUAUGCGUUUUGCUCAAGGACUUGGAAAUCGGACGAGAAAUUUGCGGAAAACGGUAAAUGGCUUUUGUUGAACUGGUGGCGAAAAAUGAAAUGUAAUUUUUUUCUCAAAGACACCAGAAGGAUUUUUUGAAAAUGGGAAGUGUUGGGAAGUGAAAAGGGAAGCAUUUCUGAUCAUUUUCACUCAAAAUCAUAUUGGACGAUUUUCUAGCAGAAACCGUUUCCCGUCCUUUUCGGGUCAUUCGGGUCCAGUUUUGAAAAUUUCGGGUCGGGUCCAAAAGCCUUCGGAUCGGUUCGGGUUAAUAUAAAAACUAUUGAUUCGGGUCGCGUCGAGUUCGGGUCAUAAGCGUAAGACCCGAUUCGGUCUCUGCUCUACAUUGGAUUACCAAUUAUUAUUUCCUAUUUGCCUAUUCUCCAUGCGAGUCACUUUGCCAUUUACUGUAAGUUUCUAUUUCGUUCGUUAGGUUUAGUGCGGUACGGCAAGACUGAGACUUCUGCAGAUAAAAUAAGAAGAGGUAGGCUGCAGUUAGUUUAGCGACGACUGUCUAUGCUUAUCAACGCCAUAAAAUUAGACAGAAACAGAAAGUUCGGUUUAGCGACGGUCUCUUUACUUUUCUUCGUUCGAGAACUAGGAGGGAGGAUAUGUAUCGGUUUAGCGACGAUUGAUUUGCUCAAAGUAUCUUGGGUUUAUCUUCUUUUCUCUCGUAGGUAUAGCUAUAAGAAUUUUACAUUGUCCAAUCGAUUCAAAUGAAAUACAAUUUGCUGAAGAUUUAAUCCAUUAUUUUUGUCGUACUGCUGCGUCUGUAUAUGAUCAAGGUUUAGAACUCAGUCCAUUGUCAUUUACAUCUUCCCGCACAAUUGGAAAUAAAAGGAGAUUGAAAACAACAACCGGUUUAGGAUUUAAACCAUCAGGAAAAGUUGCCUCCUCCUCCUCCUCAGCAACGGGUCCAGGUAUUUCAAAGUCAAUUAUUACUCUUAUUGAUGUUCCAUUUAAGCACAUUCCAUUAGAACAACCAGAAGGUGAGCCAGAACAAGAAGGACAGGAAACAUCGCAAGAAACAUUUAAAACUGCUGUAUUUUGCGAACGUGGUGGGCAGUGGCGGAGUCAGGGGUGGGCCAGAUAG